UGUAGGGGAUGCGGCUGCUACGGGGCCACAGAUACCUGCAGGGCCCACCGCUCCCCUGCACCCAAUCACGCUGAACACAGUGCGGGUCCCAUGCCAGACUGGAGGAGAAAUGGAUGUCGCAACAGGGCAGCACCCGAUUGCUGCACGGGUGCUGCUGAAUUCCAGCUGCCAUGGAGACAGAUGUAACGUUACAUGGGCCACAUCAGAUGCUGAAUAUAAGCUUACUAUGGCUUUUAUUGUUACUCGGCACACAGUGUAAUGCCCAGUCAGAGCUUCACAUACAGAACUUGGAUUGCUUCAAUGACUACAUCACUGAGAUGUUUUGCUCAUGGAAAGUCCCAUAUUCACACAUCAACUGCAGCAAUGAUUUCUUGUUGGAGUAUAAUAAACGCAAAGAACCACUCUCUUACUGUAUCCCAGAGAACAUGCAGCUUGCCGAUUCCAGAUCACCUAAUGAGUGUAUCUGUUACAUUAAAGCUGAAUUCUUUGUUGCCUCGGACGAGUACAACAUUCAGGUACAGCUGCAUGGGACACCUAUUCAAAACUUAACUGUGCUGCCACCAAAAAAAGUUAAGCCAAAAACUCCUGUAAACGUUACUAUUGAACAUAGUGCUGGAGAGACUGUGAUAGUUCGCUGGGACAGCAGCUACACAAAAGAGGACUACUUGUUCCAGAAGCUCAUUUUUGGUGUCCAAAUGAGCAGCAAACAAGAUCCGGAAGAGGUAAAAACGAAUACACUGGACCAAGUGGAAUCCUACUCUGUCAUAAAAAAAAGACUUCUGAGGCGAGGACACGACUACGCAAUACAGGUCAAAUCAAAGCCAAACAGUAAUUACUAUGACGGCAUCUGGAGUGACUGGAGUUCUGAGGCUGAGUGGCACAAUGACUACAGUAUUCUUCCUCGUGAUAUAAUGGCAAUACUUGUCCCUGUAUCUGCACCAGUUCUCUUUAUUUGCAUUGUGUUGUGCUCCGCUUGUGUUUCCUUCUAUAAGAAGAGAUGGUGGAAUAAUAUCCCAGAUCCUGGGAAAAGUCACCUGGUGUUUACCUUGCUGCAUACAUCACAGGUACCACUGUUAAAAUCAGACACGAAUUGCAACAUUUUACCGAUUGAGAACAAAAGUACUAAAACUAUUUAUACCAAUUGUCAUAAAAAGCUACUGUACAGAAAUCAAGGUGAAGCUGAGUGGAACGACCAAAACUAUGAUGCAACUGGUUACCAUAAUCCCUGUGAACAUGCAGGCUUAAAAAGCAUCGUUUUUAUACCAGAACUACCUAUUGUUGAAAAACCGGUUGAAAUCUGUCCCUUAGAAGAUGACACGAGAUCAAUCAACGAGCCAAGAGAAUGUGAUGAAGACCAUGACAAUGCAGAAGAUCACCACCUGGAAUGUGAUUUUAUCAGCAAAAUGUUCUGUGACAUUUUAGAAGGAAACAGAGAACCUAUCGCAAUGAUGGAUAAUAACUAUGACCCCUUGGAAAAUCAACACAGUUUCUCUUUCCUCAAGGAGGUUUGUCAUUCAUAUGGGAAAUAUACGCCGCAUCAUCCCACCUACACAAAUGGAAGCUCACCAGUAGAAGCUCAAAGGGGGAAUUUUUUGACUGAUGAAAAUCAUGGUACUCAAAAAGACUCCAUGGCAUACAAACUAAGUAUAACCCCCGAUAACAGGUGUUGCCAUGACAACUGUAAAACAUCCACUUUCUUAGACUAUUCCAGUUUUGCUGAUGCUGUGCUCAAAUCUGAGGCCGAUUAUUAUAGAUCACCGACAGCCCUUUCCCGCUGUCUGAGGAGGAUCAGCAGUACCAAUAACAUCUCCUAUCACAAUUUAAAACCGUAUCUGCCAUUAAUGUCCGAUUUUAAUUUUUGUCACGUCACCAAGGUUGACCAGGUACUGCCUGCAAGCCUGCAGUACAUGGUACGCCAUUUCUCAGACGAUUAUUGCGCUAGCCUGUAUAACGCUUCAGAAUAUCAUAGCUUUGACAAAGCAAUUGAACAAGAAAAAAAACAACUAAGAACUACAAACUACCCAAUAUUAGAAAGCGGGUACAAGGCUUUGGAGAGUCUCAUUCAUCCCAGUGCCAGUUACUUAGACAAUUACAGCUAUCUGCCUGGAUUUCAUACAAUGCAUCAUUGCAGACAUGCAGAGGCUUUUAAUGGUGUAGUAGAUGAUGUAUUUUCUUCAGCCUGUCUAACUCUACAGUUGGUAGAACCGUGGUUAACAUGUGAAGAAACAGCAAUACAAAAAUAUCAUCCAUCUAACAUGAAGGCUUGUUGUAAUAAUCAGAAAGGGUCUGCAUACUUUUACAGUUAUUCUAAGAUGAUCGUGCAAAAUACAGACUUUGGAAGAUUUCCUUAUGCUUUGACUUUUGACAUAUCUUAUCACAUGAGGAAUUGAGCACAUGUGUACAGAUGUACAGUAUUAUUUUCACCGUUGCAUAACCCGGAAGUGCUCUAGAGCAGGGGUAGGCAACCUGUGGCACUCUAGCUACUAUGGAACUACAAAUUCCAGCAUGCCAUACUUACCUACUCUUCCAGAAGAUAGUCCCCCUGACUCCCAAUGUCUGUAGGGAGGGGGCAGGGCCAAUAUGAAGAAAUUAUAGAAUUGCGUAAUUUUACCACACCCCUGCCCCACAAUAUUUUGCAGUAACAGGGGUGGAGUCUUAUGACAUGAAGAGCUCAUGUAGAUGACCACUCAGCUCAGUGGUCAUCUACAUCUCCUUACUGGAAGAAUGUAUGCAGCAUGCCUUGCCAGUGUUGUGGUUAGAGCAUGCUAACACUGUGGCAGGGCAUGCUGGGAUAUGUAGUUAAAACAAGUGCAAAUGGUAAAACUGAGGAUCUGGAGGGGAGGAGUGGAUGGACUGGUCUGUUGUGUGCAUGCCAUGGAGUAUAUAAUUUGAUAGUGUAUAGUGUGACUUUGGAACGUGAGAAGGCGGAAUGGGGUGAUGUUAUGUCACAUGUGUGAAUGGUUGUCUUUAAUGAAUAACACUGGAUUCUGCACUGUAAAUGAUAGUGUAAUAGUCACAGUGUUCACUUGUGAGGUUGGUCACUUGUGACUACUCUUUUCAGUGUAUACCUUCCUCAGUAGUAUACUCCACUAUUAGGGGUCCCCUUUAAGAGUGGGCAUCAGGUGAACUAUUAGGGGAACAUCUUUGACAUACGUUCUUAACCCAGUGCCUAUGUUCCCCUAUAUAUGUGAAACAUACUUUGUAAAUGUAAGUCUAGGAUAGGGAUAAAACUUCUAUCGGCUUCCCACUUACUGGUCCCCAAAACAAGUGCAAUAUAUGUGUGCUCAGCACUCUGUCAGUGUAUAGGGUUGCGGACCUGAGGUAUAUUCAACGACUGGGACGCGCUCUGCGUGCCUGUACCGGCUCAGCUUCCGCCCCUGUACUUUGGUGUGCUUCUCACUUCCUGGUCACCGAUACCCCACUUAGUCUUGCUUGGGAGCAUAGCAGCCACUUGUCUCCCCUGGCUUGGGUGUAUGCGCUUCCAGGUCCGGGGUCACAUCAUCCGUGGUUUCUUCACGCAGUAACAUGCAGGAUUUCAUCCCUCUCCGGCCAGAGAAGGAAAGAGCUGAUGCAGCUUUGCGUUUGUGAUAUGAGGGGAAUGAAUCCACUUCUAGGCAAGCGCUCAACGCGUUUCACCACGUAGUGCCUUUGUCAAGGAUGUUAUGUGUUGUGCAGGUGUCUACUAUGAACUUCUUGGUGUGCUUGGAUUGGCUGGGUGCCAUCUGAUAGGUCUCUCCACUGGUUGCUGAUAGGUUGCAAACCCUCCAACUACCUUUUUAGCAGGUACAGUACCUUUUUUUAAUGUUUGUACCGAUUUUUGGCUCUCCAAACUUCUAUUGAAAGUAUAGGACGCCCCUUUUACCCGUGGCAACGCCCCCUUUUCUAAUUUGUACCGAUUUUUAAGUGUAAAAUGUUGGAGGGUAUGAGGUUGUGGUGGGAAACCGAUAUGCUGACCGGAUCCCGACUGUCAUAUAUUGCCGGUACAUCAAUGGUUCGUUGGUUAUGGGAUGCCUAAACUUUUUCACUGGUUUCUGGUAGCGUGCGCGUGUUUUAGUCUUGUUCUUACUUUUCCCUAUAGGUGUUGUGUUAUUGUUAUAUGUAUGUAUGUAUGUAUGUAUGUAUGUAUGUUUCUGGAUUUGUCCCUUUGUUUCUUGCCUUUGUGGAACUUAGUUUUUUCCCUUUCUAUAAUCAUCCUCCCCAGUCGUUUCUUGAAGAGAGUUUGUAUGGCUCCAAAGAGGCCUGUAGAGUUACAUUGUCAUGACCUAUUUCCUCCAGAUCCUUUUUAUGUUGUUCUAUGAUUAUGUUCAUUAAUUUUAGUCUUUCAGAGUUCUGUUCCACUUGGCAAUGAAUUUUGGAUUUUCUCUAUUGUGGGCUGGUACGGUAGCUUUCUUUAAAUUCAUACCUUUGGUGAUUGUGUUCUGAUCUAUGUACUACUGUAAUGCAAAAGUAUCCCACCAUAACUUGGAUUCUUGUUUCAGUAGUCUCUCUUAUUUGAGGAUGUGAUUGCAGAAAUUCUGUCCUAUUUGUUAUGUUAGCAAUACAAUAACAUCAUCCAUCUAACAUGAAGGCUUGUUGUUAUAAACGGAAAAGUUCUGCUUACUUUAACAGUUAUUCUAAGAUGAUCGUGCAAGAUACAGACUGUCACAACUGAGGGCUGGUGACUGUAAGCCUCAGUUGCAGGGGCUGAUGGGUACCGGAAUGUAGGAGGUGCGAGAGGACUUCUGGACAUACGUAGAAGCUGUAUACCAAAUGCCCGAAGGCGUGACCACGACAACAGGAAUAUCUUUAAGUGCUUUUAUUAAACGAAAAGUCAGAUAAUGUGCAACCAAACAAAACAUUAACAAGUGAGUCCCUGAAAUAUUACUAGUUGUGACCAGUAAUCUGAAGUAUAAGUGGUAUGCACUAUUGUACUUAGAAGCACAGGUGAAACCUAAAGUGAUGCUGGGGAUCAUUGGUAAGCUUUGAGUGAAGCUGGGGUUCGCAGAUAGAAAUGCACUACUGUACUUAGAAGCACAGGUGAAGCAUGAAGUGAUGCUGGGGAUCGCUGGAGAACUAUAGAAGAAGCUGGAGAAUGGCUGCUGGAAAGGCAGAGUUCAGACACAGGUGAAUCAGGGUAGACUGUAGAGGGUUAAUCACUGGAGAGUCGGGUUACACUGCAGAGUGUAAUCACCUGGGAGUCAGGCUGUACUGCAGAGAAAGUCCAUGGGAGAACUGCACACUGGAAUCACUGAAGACAGUUGAAGCACUGACACCUUUCCAGCCCAGGAACAGGAUAUUUAUACCUGCUGGGAAGCAGGGAUUGGCUGGCUGAUUAAGCAGAGUCUAGAGUGCAGCUGCUGGAUAAUUAGGCAGAGAGCUGAGUGCAGCUGAUAGGCUGAAAAGUAACAUGUGAUGAAAACAAACAUGGCUGCGCCUAUGUUUGAACUUGGAGGGAAAGACUGUUUGUAACUUGCAUGUGAGUUUAACCAUGAAGCUGCCAGAAUCACAGUGGAAAAACUUGAAACAAUGAGAUGCAGCGUGCUGCAUGCAGACAGUGCAGAUGGAAUCCAGGCUUGGAACACUGGGACAGGCUCAGGAGGCAUUUGGAAGGUAAAUACUGAUAAAGAAUUACCUGGAUCGUGACACAGACAUUGUAAGAUUUUCUUAUGCUUUGACUUUGGACAUAUCUUAUCACAUGAGGGAUUGACCACACGUGUACAGAUUAAUUAUUUUCACCGCUGAAUAACCCUAAAGUGCUCUAGAGCAGGGGUAGGCAAGCUGUUGCAUUCAAGCUACUGUGGAACUACACAUUCCAGCAUGCAAUAUUUACCUGCUCUGUCAGAAGGUAGUGUCCCUGAACCCAGCCCUGCAUCUGCCCACUUCCUAGUGAAGGGGCAGGUUGGGGAGAUAACACCAGUAAUCAUGGUUCUGUAGGGAGGGGGCAGGGCCAAUAUGAAGAAAUUCUACAUUUGCAUAAUUUUACCUCACUUCUGUCCAACAAUAUUUAGCAGCAACGACUGGAGUCUACUGACAGGAAGAGCCCAGCUCUGUCCCUGGAAAGGGCAUCUGCAUCUCCUUACUGGAAGAAUAUAUGCAGCAUGCCCUGCCACAUUUUUUGUUGUUACAGCAUGCUAAUACUGUGGCAGGGCAUGCUUGGAUAAUUAUGUAGUUUCACAGAAGUGCUAAUGUCUCCUAUUAUAACAUGGAAUACUUUGUUAAUCUGUCAUUAAGAAGGAUCACCCUUUUGUGGCACUCAUACAUAAAAUUACCUUUUUUUUAUGUCUGAAAAACAUCCAUAAUUGCUGCUGUUUGUAGUACAGGUUGGAGUAUCCCAUAUACAAAUAUUCCGAAAUACGGAAUUUUCCGAAACACAGAAUUUUUUGAGUGAGACUGAGAUAGUGAAACCUUUGUUUUCUGAUGGCUCAAUGUACACAAACUUUGUUUAAUACACAAAGAUAUUAAAAGUAUUGUAUUAAAUGACCUUUAGGCUGUGUGUAUAAGGUGUAUAUGAAACAUAAAUGAAUUGUAUGUACACAAACUUUGUUUAAUGCACAAAGUUAUUAAAAAUAUUGGCUACAAUGAC